CUCAAAGCAAACCCUAGAUAUUUCCCCGACUCUCUCAGCCUAUAAAUAAGUCACGUAGCGCUUCUCAAACCCUGCCUUCUCUUACUCACUGCCUCUGCCGCUCUGCUUGAACCUAGCGUUUGAGCUUCAGAUCUGUGGUAAAUUUUAAUCGCUUAUAAUGGGCAAAGAAAAGUUUCACAUCAACAUCGUGGUCAUUGGCCAUGUCGACUCUGGAAAAUCGACCACAACUGGUCAUCUUAUCUACAAGCUUGGAGGUAUUGACAAGCGUGUCAUUGAGAGGUUCGAGAAGGAAGCUGCUGAGAUGAACAAAAGGUCAUUCAAGUACGCCUGGGUGCUUGACAAGCUUAAGGCUGAGCGUGAGCGUGGUAUCACCAUUGAUAUUGCCUUGUGGAAGUUUGAGACCACCAAGUACUACUGCACAGUCAUUGAUGCCCCAGGACAUCGUGACUUUAUCAAGAACAUGAUUACUGGAACCUCACAGGCUGACUGUGCUGUUCUCAUCAUCGAUUCCACCACUGGUGGUUUUGAAGCUGGUAUCUCCAAGGAUGGCCAGACCCGUGAGCAUGCCCUUCUUGCUUUCACCCUUGGUGUGAAGCAGAUGAUUUGCUGCUGUAACAAGAUGGAUGCCACUACUCCCAAGUACUCCAAGGCAAGGUACGAUGAAAUCGUGAAGGAAGUCUCAUCCUAUCUGAAGAAGGUUGGGUACAACCCGGACAAAAUUGCCUUUGUUCCCAUCUCUGGGUUCGAGGGUGACAACAUGAUUGAGAGAUCCACCAACCUUGACUGGUACAAGGGACCAACCCUUCUUGAGGCUCUUGACUUGAUCAAUGAGCCCAAGAGGCCCUCAGACAAGCCUCUCCGUCUACCACUUCAGGAUGUGUACAAGAUUGGUGGUAUUGGAACUGUGCCAGUGGGCCGUGUUGAGACCGGUAUUAUCAAGCCUGGUAUGGUUGUCACUUUUGGACCAACUGGGCUCACCACUGAAGUUAAGUCUGUAGAGAUGCAUCAUGAGGCCCUUCAGGAGGCACUGCCUGGUGACAAUGUCGGAUUCAAUGUUAAGAAUGUUGCUGUGAAGGAUCUCAAGCGUGGUUUCGUUGCAUCUAACUCCAAGGAUGAUCCCGCCAGGGAGGCUGCGAACUUCACAUCCCAGGUCAUCAUCAUGAACCACCCUGGUCAGAUUGGUAACGGAUAUGCUCCAGUUCUUGAUUGCCACACUUCUCACAUUGCUGUGAAGUUCGGUGAGAUCCUCACCAAGAUUGACAGGAGGUCUGGUAAGGAGAUUGAGAAGGAGCCCAAAUUUUUGAAGAACGGAGAUGCAGGUAUGGUGAAGAUGCUUCCCACCAAGCCCAUGGUUGUGGAGACUUUCUCUGAGUACCCUCCAUUGGGUCGUUUUGCUGUCCGUGACAUGCGUCAGACUGUUGCUGUUGGUGUUAUCAAGAGCGUGGAGAAGAAGGAUCCCAGUGGUGCCAAGGUCACCAAGUCUGCUGCCAAGAAGAAGUGAAGAAUAAUGUCACAGUAUCAAAAUUUCAAUGAUGCAAACUUAUGCAUUGCUUUUAAAGACUCAUAUUUAAGUUGUGUGUUUUUAAAUUGUUUAGCCAGUUUAGUCUGUAGUUCUUUUGCUUCUGCUAGUUCUCUGGGCUCCAUCUCCGGUGUAUGCGCUCAGAACUGGGUGCUGGACAGGCGGUGGUGACACAUUGCUGGUUUAUGUUUGAGUCAAUUCCGCCUUUUUAAGGAGGGAUGUUGAGAGUUGAGGACUAUUUAAUUUUCAAGUUUUGUUGCGUCUGUCGAAUGGAUAAUUUUUUCAACCUUAUAUAUUUGGCUUUGGAGUAUUUUUAAUUCUUGGUUUGAUGGAUCCAA